AUGAGCCAUGGCACUAAACAUGUGCUGCCGGCAGAGAAGGAGAUCAUUGAAGCUCCACAUCCCGCGCAGAAUGUCUUCCCGCCCUUGCGAGAGUCCCCAGAAGAUACAAAGCUCUUUCUGGCAAAGCUGCGCGUGGAAUUACUGCAGCGGCUAGACCACCACCAAGAGGUGCUCAUAGCGCUGCUUCGGCCCGAGCGCCGGUUUGGACAUCGCGACGCGCGCCAGUCGCAUGCAGAACCGCGACGUGAGCUGCCUAAGGUGCCCAUGCCCAAGGCCCAGAAGAAGCGGAACAGCCUGAAGCCAAAGCUUUUCAGCACCUUUACCACUGACGACCUUGCGCAUACGGACAGGGCUGCUGAAGCAGAUGCAGUUCAAUGUCGCAGCAAGUAUGCGAUUGGGACGACAAACGAGGAAAUGGAGGAUCCUUCUUGUCUCCGGAGGUUUGUAAAGAGCACUGCCUUUGACCUCUUCUGCGCGUUGGUGGUGGUCAGCAACUCCGUUUUUUUGGGUGUCGAGGUGCAGCUCAACAUUGACUCAGGCGGAGAACGUGCUUCCAGCCUUUAUGUGGUGCAGUACAUCUACACGGGCUGGUUUCUGCUGGAGUUGAUCCUUCGCGUAUCUGUGGACGGCUGGCAGUUCUGUUGCUCAGAGGAUUGGGCCUGGGGUUUGCUCGACAUCUUGGUGGUGAUCACUUCGAUCUGGGAGGUAAUUGUGGACAUCAUUUACUUUGCUCAGCAGGACGAGAUCGGCGACGUCGCCGGCGUGUCCAGCUUGAAAGCGCUGCGAAUCAUCCGCAUCACCCGCAUCAUGAAGGCUGUGAAGCUCAUGCGUGUCUUCCGCUUUGUGCUGGCCUUCAGAACGUUGAUCACGUCCAUCGCUUACACGCUCAAGUCUCUCUUCUGGGCUUUGAUGCUGAUGGCGGUCAUAAUAUACGUCUUCGCGGUGCUGUUCACACAGGCAGUCAGUGACUAUGUCUUGGACCCUGCCAUGCCUGAGAUGACUGAACAUGAAAGCCAGGCAUGCACCGAAUAUUUCGGCUCCUUGGAGCCUUGGCGCAAGUUCAUCAUCCAGGCAUCUUCUGUGGACUUUACGGUAGACAGGAUGCUACAAUGCUCAGCCUCUUCAUGA